AUGGCGUCCACCACUAUCUAUAUCGACGAGGACGUCGGAAGAGACGAAUCUCCCGCCAACGGUACCGAGGCCGCUCCCUACAAGACCCUCGUCCACGCCUUCUUGGAACACGCUCCCACCACUGAGGGCAUCCAGUACCUCACGCGCAAGUCCCAGACCGAUGCCGCCGGCGAGGAUGUCGAUCCCGCUGCCAAGUUGGAGUGGAAGCCCGCCACCAAGUCAGCCAUGAAGAAGGCCAACACCCUGUGCGAGCAGCGCAAGAAGAAGGCUGCCAAGGAGCACGAAUUGGCCAUCCGUGAGAAGGCCGAGGCCGACAAGCGCCAGAAGGUCCUGGAGGAGGCCAAGAAGAUCAUCAUCAAGGAGGACACCUCCCUGCCCAAGCCCGUCCGCAUUCGCCUGGAUGACACCAACCCUGCCACUGUCAAGUUGCGCUCCGCCGAGUCCGAUGAGCCUGGCACCCGCGUCCGCGUCCUGGGUCGCGUCCACCGCAUGCGCGCCCAGAAGGACUACGUCUUCAUCACUCUGACCGACGGCUACGGAUACCUCCAGUGUAUCCUGACCGGCGAUAUGGUCAAGACCUUCGACAUCAUGACCCUCACCCUCGAAACCUCCAUGGCCAUCCACGGUGAGAUGCGCGCCGUGCCCGCCAAGCAGCACGCCCCCAACGACCGUGAGCUGCACGCCGACUACUUCACCAUCAUCGGCCGCGCCGCCGGUGACAAGGAAGCCAUCACCACGCGCGUGGCGCCGGACGCUGACCCGCAGACUCUGUAUGACAACCGUCACCUCGUGCUGCGUGGUGAGACCUCGUCUUCCGUCAUGAAGGUGCGCGCCGCCACUCUGCGCGCCUUCCGCAAGGCCUUUGAGGGCCACCGCAUGCUGGAGGUAUCUCCUCCCGCCAUGGUGCAGACCCAGGUUGAGGGCGGUAGCACUCUCUUCGGCUUCGACUACUACGGCGAGAACGCCUACCUGACACAGUCUUCCCAGCUGUACCUGGAGACUUGUCUCCCAUCUCUGGGCGACGUGUUCUGCGUGUGCCCGUCGUUCCGUGCCGAGAAGUCCCUGACCCGCCGUCACCUGUCAGAGUACACUCACAUCGAAGCCGAGCUGGACUUCAUCACCUUCACCGAUCUGCUCGACCAUCUCGAGGAGAUGAUCUGCAGUGUCAUUGACCACGUUCUCGCCGAGCCCGAGAUCGCCGGCUACAUCAAGCAGCUCAACCCCGAUUUCAAGCCCCCAUCCCGUCCCUUCCGUCGCAUGAAGUAUGACGAUGCUAUCCAGUGGUUGAUCGAGCACGAAAUCCCCAACGAGGAGGGACAGCCCCACAAGUUCGGUGAUGAUAUUGCCGAGGCUGCUGAGCGUCGCAUGACCGACAUCAUUAACCAGCCCAUCUUCCUGACCCACUUCCCUGCCGAGAUCAAAGCCUUCUACAUGAAGAAGGACCCCGAGGACCGCCGCGUCACCGAGAGUGUCGACGUGCUCAUGCCCGGUGUUGGUGAGAUCGUCGGUGGAAGUAUGCGCAUGGACGACUGGGAUGAGUUGAUGAACGCCUACAAGCACGAGGGAAUGGACCCCAAGCCCUAUUACUGGUACACUGACCAGCGCAAGUACGGUACCUCCCCUCACGGUGGCUACGGUCUCGGUCUGGAGCGUUUCCUCGCCUGGUUGUGCGCUCGCUACACCGUCCGUGAUUGCUCCUUGUACCCUCGUUACACUGGCCGUUGCACACCUUAA